AUGAAUACACUUUCAGCGAUAUCUAAUAAUAAACAAUCAAAAGAACUUCAAAUAUUAAACAUAAACUUUAAUCAGGAUCAAGGAUGUUUUGCCGUGGGUCACGAAUAUGGGUUUCUAGUCUAUAAUACCAAUCCCAUUGACAUAAGAGUAAAGAGAAAUUUCAAUAUAAAUGGGCAUGGCUCAGGGAUUGCACAUAUUACAAUGCUUCAUAGGACCAAUUAUUUAGCAUUAGUGGGAGGAGGGAAAAACCCCAAGUUUGCAAAUAAUAAAUUGGUGAUCUGGGAUGAUUUAAAACGAAAGAACAGUUUGAAUUUGGAAUUUAUGAGUCCAGUGCUUAAUGUUCUAUUAUCAAGAAUUAGAAUAAUCGUGGUUUUAAAGAAUCAGGUUCUAGUAUAUGGUUUUUCAUCGCCGCCGAAGAAAUUUGCUACGUACGAAACAAUAGAGAAUGAAUUCGGUUUAGCUGACCUAUCGGUCAAUUUUACUAAUUCAAUAGGCAACAAUUUGUCUACGUCUAAUUCUUCAAUUUCUUCUUUGGUUUCGAACCAAGUAUCAUAUGACAGUAACAAAUAUCAAACCCUUGCAUUCCCUGGUCGGUCGAUUGGCCAAAUCCAAAUAGUUGACGUAUCACCAUCAGGUCAAGAAAAGAACUUAGUAAGUAUAAUAAAAGCGCAUAAGUCAAAAAUUCGGUGUCUUGCGCUUAACCGAUCUGGUACCUUAGUGGCUUCGGCAUCUGAAACUGGUACCAUCAUAAGAGUUCAUUCUACUCAUAAUACAGCGUUGUUAUAUGAAUUUAGGAGAGGUUUAGACAGAGCCAUAGUAACUUCCAUGAAAUUUUCGCACGAUGAUUCAAAAUUAGCUGUCUUAUCAGACAAGAAUACUUUGCAUGUUUAUAACGUCUCUCCGUUGAAUACGAGUCUGGGAGCAACUAGUGAUCUUGUAACUCAUAACGAAACUUACCCUGUAAAUAGACUGCAUUUAUUAGGAAGCAUUGCUUUUCCUAUUCCGAUUCCAAAGUAUUUCAAAUCCACAUGGUCAUUCUGCUCCGUUAAUACAAAUAAAUAUCAUCCAAGUGGUUCUGAUAAUGAUACCAUCAAUGAUGUGGGGAUAAUUGGAUGGUCUGGGAAUGACAGUAUCAUAAUAAUUUGGCAAAACAAAAAAAUAUGGGAGAAAUAUGUUAUUGUUGAAAAACGUAACAAGUACCUAGGAGAUAUUAAUGAUGGGUUAAACACCAGUCAUCAAGGAAGUUCUAACUGGGAGCUUGUGAGAUUUAAUUGGAAAAAUCUUGAUAAUUUAGACUGA